UUUCUUUCUCUUUGGCUCCUCUCUAAAAACCGUUCGUUGACACCGCCAAGCGAUUCCUUCUCCCUCCAUAGUCCAAUAGUCCAUUAAUACAUCUCCAUAUCCCCACCAAAUUUCGAAAAUUCCCAAAUUCAUGAAAAUUAAGAUAAUUCCCCGCUGAUGCUUUCGUUUGCCUUCUCUCACUUUCAAGUUUCACCCGAUAGCUGCUAGGAAAUUUGAAGGGAACAUUCGUUGAUGAUUUUGAUACUGCUGGGGAUACAGAGUUGGGGAAUUCUUUAAAUGGUUCUGAACAGAGUGAUAGGGUUGAGAUAAUUCAACAGGAGCCCAGAUAAUCAAGAAGAGCCACUGGGGGUCAAAAAAGUGAAAAGCAGGAAAAUAAUCAGACAGGUCAACAUUCACAGAAGCCAAUGGGAAAGAAUCACAUUUCCUUGAAAGUUAAAUUUGGUAAUCGUUGCCUGAUGGAUGUUCUUCCUCUUAUUGAAAAUGGAAAUGAAAUAUAUUCUUCAACUGAGAAAGAACCAUCCAAAUCUGCUGAUGACAUCAGUGAAGAGUUUACUAGAACUAUGGAGCUUGAUGGGCUCAAUGGAAGGUUGGGCAAUUCUCUGAUGCUUUCUGAUGGUUCUGCUUCAAACACAUGCCCAGCUGGAAGCUCUCUUGUUGAAAACCUGGCUAAAGAAUCUUUGGAGUGUCAUCCUGAGUUACCUACCCAAAUGGAUCUUGAGAAAUUGGGAACACCAGUUGAUAGCAGGUGCUUAGAUCCUGGAACUUCACCUGACUCAGAAGUGAUCAACAUCACUCCUGAUGCUUCAAUUAGUCUAAAAGGUGUAGAAUACUUGCCAGAUUUAAUUACCAACCAAGAUUGUUUUUCUUCUAGAGAUGUUUCGAGUUUGGAUGCACAAGAAAAGGGCCUCAAAAAAGGAAAGAAAAAAGAUCGGCCAAAGAAAAAAGAUCGGCCAAAUAAAAAAGAUAGGCUAGACAAGAUGUCAGAUAUCAGUGUAAAGGGUAUGUUUCCUGGACUAAAAAUUAUGAAUACUGAAUUCGUUCCUAAUAGCUCUUAUUUUGGUGAUUCUUCUGCUUUAACCACUAUUGGAAAUACAUAUGGUAAUGUGUUUAGUACUGAGUUGGAUUCUGAGGGACUGUUACCUUCAUCAAGAUUGGAUGACUUUGGAAUCUCCUUUGCAAUUUCAGAAUUUGAACUUGGAGAGAAGGUUGAUGUUUGUUGUCACCUUUAUACUGAGUCACCGGAGUCACAAAUGACAGAGAAACCAAUUUCUUCUCCUGACAAGCUCAAACUUCCAAAAAGUAGAAGAUAUCAGGGAGUUGGUAAGAGCCAGCCUGGAAUCUGCAAUUCAUCAACAAGGAGAGAAUGUGCUUCUAAACGGAAGGGAAACAAAGAAAUGAUAGUUGGGAAGCAUGAAGAGAAGGAGAAGACUCUGGCUCUAGGUCUAAGUGAAGUAAAAAACGAUCAAAAUACAGAAAACCAAACACCACCUCACCUUAAAGAAAAUGGCUCUAGAAAUGGAAAUAUGGGUGUAUGUGUUUCAAACCAAAGCGACACAGGGACAAAUUAUGUGCUGCCAAGGAAUGCUUGGGUUCAAUGUGAUGAUUGUCACAAGUGGAGACGUAUAUCAGUUUCUCUUGCUGAUAAAAUUGAAGAAACAAACUGCAGAUGGAGUUGCAAGGAUAACAUGGAUAAAGACUUUGGUGAUUGCUCAAUUCCUCAAGAGAAAUCAAAUGCAGCGAUUAAUGUAGAGCUCGAAAUAUCUGAUGUGUCUGAGGAGGAAGAUGCUUAUGAUGCACGUCACAAUUGUGACAACUCAGGAAAGAAGUCUGCAGUUGCUCAGAGCUCAACUUGGACACUGAUCAAGUCAAACUUGUUUCUGCAUCGCAGCCGCAAGUCUCAGACUAUUGAUGAGAUCAUGAUUUGCCAUUGCAAACCUUCAGAUGGUAGAAUAGGUUGUGGAAAUGAAUGCUUGAACCGGAUGCUUAACAUUGAAUGUGUUCAGGGCACAUGCCCAUGUGGCGAGCAAUGUUCAAAUCAACAGUUUCAGAGACGGAAUUAUGCUAAACUGAAGUGGUUUAAAUGUGGUAAGAAGGGAUAUGGCCUGCAAUUGCUUGAAGAUGUGUCAAAAGGGUGCUUUAUCAUUGAAUAUGUUGGAGAGGUGCUUGAUAUGCGUGCUUAUGAGGGGCGGCAAAAAGAGUAUGCUUUGAAGGGCCAUAAACAUUUCUACUUUAUGACACUUAAUGGUAGUGAGGUAAUUGAUGCAUGUGCUAAGGGGAAUUUGGGACGCUUCAUAAACCACAGCUGCAAUCCUAACUGCCGUACAGAAAAGUGGAUGGCGAAUGGAGAAGUGUGCAUUGGGCUUUUUGCAAUAAGGGACAUCAAGAAGGGUGAAGAGUUGACAUUUGAUUAUAAUUACGUACGUGUUUUUGGUGCUGCUGCAAAAAAAUGUGUGUGUGGUUCAGCUCAGUGUCGGGGUUACAUAGGUGGUGAUCCUCAGAAUGCUGAGGUAAUUGUUCAGGAUGAUUCAGAUGAUGAAUAUCCAGAGCCUGUUGUUACAUGUGAAGAGGAUGACAUGUGUGAUGAGUUAAACAACAUUAAAUCCGCAGCAAGUUCAUUUAGAGGUUCAGAAAUGAGAAGUACUAAGGAAAACAGAGUAGAAAUUUGUUCUGCUGAGUGCUUGAAGGCUACUGAAGGGAGUGGAGACUUACUAAAUAUAUCUGCAUUGAGAGUAGAUGGGGCCGAAAAAGAUCUAGAGCGUUCCUUGUGCUCUCCAGGGGAGCUGGAGGUGACUUCUCCUACUGGAACCCUUAGCAAGCCAUUGAGGAAGUCAAAAUCUGGAAGAGUGGGGUGCAAGGUUCCUGUUGUAAAAACUCCCCGUUCUUCGCUGAAGAAAUCUACCAGCAGCGUUGUGAACAUCAAAGCUCCGGCAGAGAUGGACAAGUCAAACAUGCUCCAAGAUAAAUCCAAGAAGCUAGCAGAGGGCUCCUUAAAUGAUCGAUUUGAAGCAGUGGAAGAAAAACUCAAUGAGUUGCUAGACCAAAAUGGUGGCAUAAGCAAAAGCAAAGAUGCAUCAAGGUCCUACUUAAAGCUCCUACUUUUGACUGCUGCGUCAGGGGAUAGUGGCAAUAGUGAAGCAAUUCAGAGCAACCGAGAGCUCUCUAUGAUCCUUGGUGCACUCUUGAAGACAAAAUCAAGGGCAGUUUUGGUUGAUAUUAUCAAUAAGAAUGGUUUGCAGAUGUUGCACAACAUAAUGAAGCGAUAUAGAAGGGAAUUCAAUAAAACACCAAUUCUUCGAAAGCUACUUAAGGUACUGGAAUAUCUGGCAUUGAGAGAGAUCCUUACAAUUGACCACAUUAAUGGAGUUCCUUCUCGACCUGGAGUGGAGAGCUUUAGAGACUCGAUUUUGGCAUUGACAGAGCACAUAGACAAACAGGUUCAUCAAAUUGCAAGAAACUUUAGAGAUAGGUGGGUACCUAAGCCACCCAGAAAAAAUAGCUGCAUGGAGAGGGAUGAUGAAAGGGUGGAGUUUCACACGGGUUCACGCUGUGAUAGGUCUUUGAGUUUACAGAAUCAUUUGGUUGAUUGCUGUAAAAGGCCUUCAGAAACAGGUUGCAUUACUCAAGAUGUUAGAAUGUCUGAUGGAUCUUCUGGUCUUGGUAUAGCUAAUGGGACAAAGAAGACCCGGAAACGUAAAAGUCGUUGGGAUGAAGUGCCAGAAAUUGAUGACAAUGGUCUGCAGGACAGAGAUGAUGGUGCCCCUCCUGGGUUUUCACCCCUCAUUAAUAAUACCCAAGAACAUUGUACUGGAAAGCAACGAGUUAUUGGACAAUGCCAGCGGAGAUUCAUCUCACGGUUGCCAGUCUCAUAUGGAAUUCCGUUCAACAUAGUACAGCAGUUUGGGGUACCUCUAAAUCGAAGCUCAGAGAGCUGGGCUAUUGCUCCAGGCAUACCCUUCCGUCCUUUUCCCCCAUUGCCUACUUAUCCCCGUGACAGGAGAGAUGAUACUCAAACUCCAUUGCCUCCGUAUCCCUGUGAUAAGAUUAAUCCUACAAAACUGGAAUGGUCCAAAACUAGGGCCACCUUGGCUCCUAAUGAGAAAUGGUAGGGCACCUACACAUAGCUGAACAAAGUUAGCUUCAUUUUUCUACCGGAUUUCUGAGGAGCCUCUGAAUUUUUAUCUAGUGCUCCUUUGUACUCUGGUAAUUUUUUGUCACAAGAGAACUGCUU